ACACACAAAGAGCUGUUUGGAUGUUUUUUUGUUGCUGAGACGUUGCUUCUUACUAAUGUUCAUGCAUACAUACAUACAUGCGUUUUUCGCAUACACACCGAUUUGCUUGAUGAGAACAAAAGAGCGUAACAUUUGCGCGUGUCUCAUGUUGGCAUUCUGGUUGUGUUCUUUUUUUAUUCUUUUUAUUUGUUUUGUGCCUUCGCGUCGUGUCACAAGUGUUGUAAUAAAUGUUGAUACCAACUGUUUUGGGGGAAGACAAAUUAUUUGUCGAAGCGCCGGAGCCUUUAAAUCUACAAAGCUUUAUAAAAGCAGCCAAAUUAGAGUUAAAAAUUGAUGCCUCAAGAAAAAUAACAGCCUUAGUGUUUGGUGCAACCAUUAAAGAAGACCAGUUUGAAAAAGUAAUUCAUCAAUAUAUGUCAACACCUACUUUUCAUAUUGAGUUGCAAUUUGGAGACUCCGUUCGAUCAGUGGCAUCAGCAUCGACAGUUAGUGGCACUCUAUCGGAGUGUGAAUCCGUAGGUGGUUUUGGGGAUCUUACCCCAAAAACAAAUGUUAUUUCAACUUUAAAGACUGACAUAGAGUCCAUCAAGUCAAUUCCGGCUGUCAACAAAAUAUGGAGAAUUUUUAUUGCCGAAAAACGCCUGCAAAAUAAAGAUAGGGUGAAUAUUUCGAAGGCCCUUAUUGACGAAUGUCUAAAAGAAGACCCUAACAGAUUACUUAAACGUGAAGAUUUUGAAGUUCUGGCCGAAUCGAUUGUCCACAUUUUUUAUACCGAAUUAGCUUCUGCAUACUUCCUCCCCUCGGAGAAAGGCUGUAUUGCUAGAGGAAAGUUGUGGAGUGCGUACAAUAACAAAAGGACAUCUUUACGUUCUGAUGGAAUAAUAAGUCGAAGGCCUCGCAAGGACCUUAAGCGUAAAGCAAAUGUGUCUCUCCCAUCUGAAGCAGAAAGUAUUGAGUACCUUACUGAGAAUACCUCGGAUUUAUCUACAAUUAUUUUAAAGUGGCAGGAAACUCAUGCUUAUCGCCGAAACGAAUUAAAAGGAAAUAUUUCCACAUUUGAAUAUAUCUCAAAGUACCCUGUGCUACAGGGUAACAAUGGAAUCAAGCUAACCACUUUGGACGUGAAAUUAUUGUAUUCAGCAACAGAACCUGUUGAAAAUUGGUUGAUGAUAUAUUCAAAUGUUUUGAAUCACGCACGUACUCUUCGGGACAAAGCAGUCUGCAACUUACUUACGAAAAUCGAUACAUCCACUGAAGAACGAUUGAGAGCACAAUUGACCCUUCUUUUAAUACCAUACAUCUUACCACACAGUGGAAAAAGACACGAAACGCAUGAAAAGAAAGGUAGAGCCACUAAAUUUGAAAUUCAGGAGCGUUUUAUUAAGGAAUAUGAGUCAAUUGUGCAAUUGAAAGAGGAUUCUAUUACGGACUUACAAAUUAGAUUUGUAAAAUUUGGCCAUGACAUCACUUAUGCGCAGUUUAACAUCGCAGGUUUCAUCUAUAAAUGCACUGAUCUACUUGAAGCUUUAAAUAUAGGAUUCAUGUAUAUUAUGGCUUUAGAUGUUGCAUACCCACCACUGUGCAAACACGUAUGGGAAUUUAUCCAAUUAUCCAUUUUCAACAUUAAACUGCCAAACGAAAAGAUCAUUUUAAGUUACUUUACGAUGACAGUAUUAACUUGCCACCUUUGCAAAGCAAAUUGUGAUAUUCUUAAAGAUCUCAUAAAACACUAUAGGAAAAAACACAGAAGUUGCAAAUUUUUUGAAUGUCUGGUUUGUAGUCGCAAAUUCACCAAUAUAGAAUCAUUUAGAUCCCAUUUGAGAAAACAUUUAUGUGUUGAACUUAGAGAAAGAUCAGAUGAACAUCAGCCUGUAGUUAGUCAAGAACUAGAUAUUCAUCAUAUUUCAAACGAAUAUUUACAAGAAUACUCAGAGCCUGUGGAUAAUGAAGAUUUUGAAUCUAGCACUUUAUUGUCUCUAAAAAUAGAACAGAUUCGAAUGGAAUUUCUGAAAGUAUUUAUUAAAAUAUACAGUCAUAAGACAAUUUCACGGAAUUCAGCAAUAACAAAUUCUAAGCAAAUAGUGCUGUUUUACAAAAAUACCUUCAGAAAAUUCAUUUGCAGUUACAGCUUUCAAAAUGGGACGACAAUGAAAAGAAAACGGAAUUAAUUUUAUCUGUGUGUAAUUUAAUACAAGCAAGCCAACUAAAUUCAGAAUACAAAAUUAUAUCAGAACUAAAACGUAGUAAAUUAUUUUUCGAUAUUGAAUAUCAUAAUAUACAAGAUGAAAUUAAUGAAUGUAUGGACAUGGAUAAUUCAGUUGUUUUAAAAAAAAUUAAUUAUACUGUAGGGAUAUUUCCUUUAAAAAUAUUUUUUGGCGUUCUUUUCAAUUCUACCCCUUUUCUUCGCGACAUUAUUUUAUAUUACCAAAAUUUGUUGACACACCAAAAUAAUGGCACCAUAAAAAACUA